AUGUGGAUGACAGGGCAGAAAAGAAAGCUGUCGGCCCCAGAAGGAGCCUGCCGGCAGCCUGCUGACCACUUGCCAGCCAUCAACGUGAAGAACGUCCAGAUUGUUGACAGCUGGCUUCCACUCACUGCCUUAUCUUCUACAAAAGGGUUCAGCUUCGUGAUUUCUCUUCAGAACUUCAUUUCAGUCUCAAAUUCUUCCAAAAAUGAACCAUUUUUCACCGAAAAACUCUUGGAUUGGAUUGUGACUUUAGACGGCUCGGAAAAGAUCAAACUCGACUUUGCUCCUAAUUUGGGAGAAAGUGUUCCUUUCAAGCCAUAUUUGCACCGUUAUCAUGUACCCUACAAGGCAUCCCAGAGUACUUCCCCACUUUGGUAUUCAAUUAAGCGUGCAUCGACAUAUAUCAUUGUUCUUUCUUCUUACUCAGCCUAUGGGAAAUAUACCCCGCAAUACAAAUGGCUUGAACAAGAGCUCCCAAAGAUUAACAGGUCUGAAACUCCAUGGAUCAUUGUUAUUCUACAUGCUCCAUGGUACAAUAGCAACCACUACCAUUACAUGGAAGGAGAAAGUAUGAGAGUCCAGUUUGAGCCAUGGUUUGUUCAACACAAAGUUGAUAUUGUGUUUGCUGGCCAUGUUCAUUCCUAUGAGCGUUCAGAACGCAUAUCAAAUGUUAAGUACAACAUUACAAAUGGACUGAGUGGACCGGUUAGAGAUAGUUCCGCUCCAGUAUACAUAACAAUCGGUGAUGGUGGAAACAUUGAAGGCAUAGCUGACAAUUUUAUAGAUCAACAACCGAGUUAUUCUGCAUAUCGUGAAGCAAGCUUUGGGCAUGCAAUUCUUGAGAUUAAAAACCGAACUCAUGCUUAUUAUACUUGGCAUCGUAAUCAAGACAACGAGCCCGUUAUAGCAGACUCUGCGUGGUUUUUUAAUAGGUUCUGGUAUCCCGAGGAUGAAAGUAGCAUCAAUAACAAGGAAGCUUAG